AUGGCCGACGACGCGGAGGAGGACUUCACCUUCCCGGCCACCAUCACCAACCCGCCUCCGUGCUUGCUGGAAUCGCCACCUCUUUGGCCGUCCGUCGGGAAGCAUGUACAAGAAGAUGAAUGGAACUUCAAUUUGUGUGAUUCACUCCACGAAUUCAAGCGCAACACUAUCACAUUUCGAGAGAACUUCUGCUACGUCAAUGAUGAUGAACAUAAGGAGGAGAAAAUGGACAUUUUGUGGGAGGAUUUGAACGAGAAGUUUUCGAGGAAAAACGUUGCAGAAGAUCAUUUGUGUGAUAGUUCUUCUUCACCUGGGAAAGAUGAUCAUGUGCAGGUUUGCUGUGUUAAAGCCUUCAAGUUGUCAAAGGCAAAUGGGCAAACCAUUUCUUGGAAGAAAGUCAGCAUUUUGGUUUUGAUCAGAUUCUUGUUGAAAAAGAGUUUCCCCAUGCAUGAUUCUGGUGCUUCCAUCAAGAAACUUGAAUGGUGA